AUCCACCUCGCCUUCAAUACAGGCUCGCACCGUCGACCUACCACCGUUCUUCUCACCUCGAACGUGGAUCGUGCGUCGAGCGACAGGCGGCACAAGGCGGAAAGAGUAGAGAACAGCCAUGUCGCAGAUGAUCGCACGCGCCUCUCGCGGCCUCCGCGCUCGCAACCAUGUCGCUGCUUGCUCCCUAUGCCGCGCUGCUGUGUCCAACAGCGGCAGCCGGCGAAGCCUGGCAACGAUCGCGUCUGGGAAAUCGUCCUCGCCAGCCUCUGCUCACCCAUCUCGCAUGCCACCCUACGCCAAGCUGCUCGAGCAGCUUGCCAUCGUACGCGCUCUGCUCGACCGGCCGCUGACGCUCUCCGAAAAGAUUCUCUACUCCCACAUCCGGAAUCCGGAAGAAGCCCUCUCGCAUAUCGGCAGAGACACUUCCAACAUCAGGGGAAAAGAGUAUCUCAAACUCACCAUCGACCGUCUUGCUAUGCAAGAUGCUUCUGCUCAGAUGGCCCUGUUGCAGUUUAUGACCUGCGGUCUGCCCCGCACCGCGAUCCCUUCCUCCGUUCACUGCGACCAUCUGAUUCAAGCCUAUGAAGGCGCAGAGGCAGACCUGAAGCGCUCCAUCGCCUCCAACUCGGAAGUAUUUGACUUUUUACGCUCUGCCUCGCAAAAGUACGGCAUCGAGUUUUGGGGCCCUGGCUCGGGCAUUAUCCAUCAGAUCGUCCUGGAGAACUAUGCCGCGCCAGGAAUGCUCAUGCUCGGAACAGACAGUCACACGCCGAAUGCAAGCGGCAUGGGAUGUCUGGCGAUCGGGGUGGGAGGCGCCGAUGCUGUCGACGCGAUGACGAACACACCUUGGGAGCUGCUCGCGCCAAAGGUGCUCGGCGUCAAGUUGACCGGCAAGCUCAACGGGUGGUGCACGCCGAAGGAUGUUAUUCUUCACCUGGCCGGCAAGCUCACUGUGCGAGGAGGAACAGGCAAGAUCAUCGAGUACUCUGGCAGCGGCCUCGACUCCAUCUCCGCCACGGGUCUAGCGACGAUGAGCAACAUGGGUGCUGAAGUGGGCGCCACGACUAGUGCCUUCCCUUAUUCUGCUGAAAUGGGCAAGUACCUGCGCGCGACGGGCAGGGAACAAGUGGCGCAACAGGCGCAGGCUGCCUUUGACCAAGGCCUGCUGCGAGCUGACCAGGGUGCGCAGUAUGACGAGGAGGUGCACAUUGACCUGAGCAAGCUGGAGCCGACGCUGAAUGGGCCUUUCACGCCCGAUCUCAGCACGCCGCUCUCGACCUUUGUCGAGCGAGCCAAGUCGGAUGCCCGCGACCAUCCGAUCGAGCUCUCCGCCGCGCUGAUCGGUUCGUGCACCAACUCAAGCUACGCAGACAUGGCGCGCUGCGCUUCGCUCGCCAAGCAGGCCAAAGAGCGCGGCAUGAAGGUCGUCACCUCUUUCGACGUCACGCCGGGCAGCGAACAGGUGCGCGCGACGAUCGAGCGCGACGGGAUUGAGCAGGACCUACUCGACGUCGGAGCGCGCGUGCUCGCCAAUGCGUGUGGACCGUGCAUCGGUCAAUGGAACCGCAAGGAACUGCAGGGCAAGAGCAACGUCAUCCUCACAUCCUUCAACCGCAACUUCAGGGGUAGGAAUGACGGAAACAGCAAGACAAUGAACAUGCUCGCCAGCCCAGAGAUCGUCACUGCCAUGGCCUUCGCCGGACGUCUCGACUUCAACCCGAUGACCGACACGCUUAAGGCGCCCGACGGCUCGGACUUCAAAUUUGAGCCACCUUCCGGCAAUGAGUUGCCAACGCGCGGGUUCGUCCCAGGGGACACGUCGUAUCUGCCUGCUGCGGCGCCUGAACCGCAGCCAUCGACUGAGGUGCUCAUCAGCCCGACGAGCCAGCGCCUGGAACCGCUGCAGCCUUUCAACUCUCCCUUUGCGAGCCGGGCAGACUUUGAGCUGCCGUCGAUGCGCUGUCUUCUGCGCAUCCGCGGCAAAUGCACCACUGACCACAUCUCUGCUGCGGGACCAUGGCUCAAGUACAAGGGUCACUUGAGCAACCUGGCGGAGAACACGCUGAUUGGCGCGAUGAACGACGAGAACGGAGAGGUCAACUCUGCGCGCGACUUCGAGGCUGCUGCCGGGGACAAGGAGCAGGAGUGGGACACGAUCCCGAGCAUGGCUAAGCGCUUCCGUGCGCGCGGUCAGCCGUGGAUGAUUGUGGCUGACCACAACUAUGGCGAGGGCUCUGCGCGUGAGCAUGCGGCGCUGCAGCCGCGCUUCUACGGCUGCAACCUGAUCGUCGCGCGCAGCAUUGCGCGCAUCGCAGAGACGAAUCUGCGCAAGCAGGGCGUGCUGACGCUGCUCUUUGCCAACGAGGACGACUACAGCAAGAUCGCCGCGGGCGACCUGGUCGAGACGGUCAACCUGAGCGAGCUGAUCGAUCCUGUCAAGGGUGACCUCGGCACGCAGGUGCAGCUCCGCGUCACCAAGUUUGCUGAGGACGGCAAGAGCGUCAGGGAGGUGCUGCACAUCCGCACUGUGCACACGCUCUCCAAGACCCAUCUCGACUGGAUCCGCGCUGGCUCGGCGCUCAACCUGAUCCGCCAGCAGGCUGCGCAGUCUGCUGGCAGCUCCGACUCGGGCCGCGGCGCUGGUUCAAGUGCAAGGGUCAUGCCUGUUUCUUCGGGAACGUCUUCCAGCGCUGCUCGCCAGGCUCGCGCAUACAGCACCUCGAGCGUUGGGCUGCAGAAGACUGCUCCUGCGGUGGGCUCGGCGUGGCCGAGCUCGCAACGGCGCGGGUAUGCGACUGCACCAGCGGGCAAGUCGACGGCAUCGGCGUCGCGGUUGAACCCGAACGACCCGAACUAUGUCCCACCAAUGGCCGACUCACGCACUGAGGCAAUCCGCAAGAUGGUCUUUCCGCCUGCGCCGGCUGCUGCUGCUGUGUCGGCGGCGGACGUGCUGCCAUACGGGGCAGAGGUGCAUGACACGAUCCGGCGCGCGUACCUGCUGCUGCGGCGGACGGAGCGCGAGUCGCAGCGGGAGGACCUGCGCAACAAGCACGCGGCAAUGGUCGAGGCGCUGGACGACCUGCAGCGCACGGACGCGCGGCUGUACGCGGCAGCCACACUGCGCGUCGCGAGCAGCAAGCGCACGCAAGACGAGAUGCGUAGGCUCCGGCAGCUCGGCCUCACUGCUGCCGGCGGCAUCCGACCGGACGCUGGGGGCGAGGGCAAGGGCGGGGAGCGCUCGGCGCUUCUCGCGAGCCCCGAAGCGCGCCGACGGCUCAAGAACGAGGGCAGCAAGCGGCUCAGCGGCCUCUUCCCGCGCGAGUGGCGGGCGCCGACGCUGACACCCAGCAGCAAGGGCUGGCCCUCGUACGGCGGCGGUGCCUCUGUGUAGCGUCGCGCGUGCGCGGCGGCCAGUGCGGUGCUCCCUUCGUGUCCACAGUUUUUUCCUCUUGUCUUUUUCCCCUUUGUAUGUACAGCGACACGCACUCGAGAAGUGAGGAAGGCAAUCGAUUGGC